AUCUUGUCAACACCCGUACACCACGUCCGGGUUAGGCCACGCCCCCCGAGCGGCUACCUGCCGAGCAGCUGAGUUCACACCUGGACAGACACCGAAGACACGAUGAGUCUACCGGACUACAAAUCAUCUGAAAAACAGUCUUCAACCGCCAUUCCGCGCACUCCUGUUGUGCAGUUAAAUGUCGGAGGUCACGUCUUCAGCACCUCUCUGAGCACGCUGAGGAAACACCCGGACUCCAAGCUGGCCGAGCUGUUCGGCGGGAAGCCCAAACUAUGCACCGACGCUGAGGGAUGCUACUUCAUCGACAGGGACGGUUCGCACUUUGGAGCCGUUCUGGAGUUCCUGAGAUCAGACCGGCUGCCCGCUGAGAACAUCCCGGAGGUUCACAAGGAAGCGAUCCACUACAACAUCAAACCACUGAUCAAACGUUUAGAGGAAACUCCUCAGCUGUUCGGGGAGCUCGUGGGAAGGCAGCAGUUCCUCUCCAGAGUCCCGCACUACAAAGAAAACAUCGAGGUGCUGAUUCGUAUCGCCAGAGCAGAGGCCAUCGCCGCCCGGCACUCCACCAUCAUGAUCUGCGUACUGCGGACGGAGGAGGAUCUGGGUUUCUACGACAACGCCAUCAACAGCCUGGAGGCGGAUAAGGAAUCGGUGGUGACGUUCGGACCCUGGAAAGCCGUCCCGUCCGUCAAAGACCUGCUGGAUUGUAUCAGGAUGGACAUUGAGAGUCAGGGCUACAGCGUGAGUGUCGAGCCUCACGUCAUGGAGAAGAGCUUCAUGUCCAGGAGCUACAAUUACUUCUACAAACUCAUAUUCACCUGGUGGUGAGGAGAGUCAUGCUGUUGUGUUUUUAUUCAGAGCAGAAGUGGAAACUUUUUCUUAAAAACUGUGUUUUUGAUCAAUGAGAUUUGUCAAAAGACCAAGUUUCUGCAGUUUAUUCCAAAACAUUUUGUAAAGUAAUACCUCUAUGUUUGAACACUAGCCAUGUUGGACACAAGGGGUCAGUAAACAUAAUGAAUUUCAGUUUCACUCUCUGAAGUAUUCAUAUGUGCUCCUUGCUUUCUUAAAACAAACACUUGUAGCUUAUAAUUAUUUUUAGGUGCUCAUAGAUACGUAUAUUGUUUCAUAUCUUGUGUAGUGUCAGUGGAAACACAUCUUACUGCUGCUAAACUGUAAUAAAAAAAAAACAAUUAACCAGUUACAAACAUUUUCUUUUCACUCAAGUUUAGAAGAAGGUUGUUUAACCAGGUACAUUUUUGUUUUUUUACUGUUUAUCAUUCUGCUGAUGUUUCCCUUGUUUGGUCAAUAAAAGGUCAAAAAUAAGCAAAAAAAUGCUGGUUACAAUUUCCCAAAGUCAUGUCUUCAGAUGUCUUGUUUUGUCUGAGCAGCAGUCUAAAACCUAAAGAUAUUCAUUUUACUAUCAUGAAUGACA